AUGGAAAUGAUAUAUGGUUUAAGAAGAAUGAUCCACAUAGAGUCAGGGCACAAUGUUGAUGACACUCCCACUUUUGUCAUCAAAACAUAUGAAGCUGAACACAAGUGCUCUAGGACAAAUAAUAACCGGUUUGCAACUUCCCAAUGGUUGAGUGACAAAUACUUGGAAGAGUUCAAGAUUAAUGAAAAGAUAGGGAGCUAUGAGGAACAAUAUGCUGCUCUUUGGGACUAUGCAGAGGAAAUUAAGUCAACUAAUAGGGGUUCAACAGUUGAGUUUCUGACAGAAAUGGCAGAAAAUGGGGUGCCACGGUUUAAGAGGAUGUACAUAUGCUAUUCUGGGUUGAGAGAUGGUUUCAAUGUAGGAUGCAGACCUGUCAUUGGUUUAGAUGGGUGUCAUAUUAAAGGUGUACAUCCAGGACAGCUACUAACAGCAGUUGGUGUAGAUAGAAACAACCAAAUGUUUCCUGUUGCCUUUGCUGUGGUAGAAAUAGAAAAUAAAGACUCUUGGAGUUGGUUUGUGAACCUGCUGAGGAUAGACUUGAAAAUUGACAACUCUAACCACUGGACCUUUAUCACAGACAAACAAAAAGGAUUGGAACAAGCUUUGAAGGGGAUGUGGGAAGAAGGGAUACCUGAAGCUGAGCAUAGACAUUGUGCUAGGCAUUUGGAGAAAAAAUUCAUCAAGGUGUUCAAGGAUAAAUCAUUAAAAGACCUGUUAUGGAAGGCUGCUAGAGAAGUAACUAUUCAAAUAUUUGAAGCUGUUAUGGAAGAGAUUAGAAAGAUCAAUAAUGAAGCCUAUGAGUGGUUGUAA